AUUACAAAUUAUAGUGUGAUUUAGAUUGUGAAAUUCGAUACGGAUAUUGGAAUUCAUUCAUAUAUCCAUUCUGAAGAGCCAUCAAAGAAUAAACCAUGUAAGGAAAACGUCACUCCGAUUAUUUUAGGACGUGUCUUUGCAUAUCCUAUACUAGACAUUUUUGAUAACAGAAAGUAAAAUACAACGCAAAGUUACAAUGAAAUCUCCUACCAAAGGAAACUUUACACCGGACUUCUUUGAGUCAGAGUGUUCAAUUAAUUUUCCCGAUCCCAGUGAUACUGGAAUUGGACCAGCUCUCCGAGCUCUCAGUCAAGGCGGAAUAGCAAGUUUCGCACCAGAAGGCCAUACAUCUAGGUCCCUUCUGAUGAGGGCAGAGAUCGAGAGUGAAUGCAGUGAUGUACCAAGCAGACGUGGAAAUGGCGGAAACAUGUCAAGCAAUCUUGGCAGAUCAGAAUCUAGAGCAAAGAGUUCUAGUAGCAAAUCAGUGAUUUCGCUUUCUGAAAACAAGAAACCAACUCAAUCUAAGAACCAAGAGAGAACAUACUCAACACGAGGCAGUGGUCGUGUGAGUUCUUGUGCUAGCAUUCACACAGAAUCUGCACCAACUCCAAGGACUGCCAGCGUGGUUUCGGGAUAUAUCGCAAACAGCGAUACGCCAGUAAGAGGACAACGUAGCGUAUCUAUUACCUCUGCCAAUUCCCAGCUAGAUCUUACUAUAGAGGAAAAGGACAGGACCAUUUCUCCACUUUACAAGAGUCCAGCAUCUUCUUAUGCCACGCACUGCUCAGACAAUAUCCCAAGAUCUCUUGCCAGUCAAGUUUCGGUUAAGGACAACAGCAGCUCAAGAGCUUCAAUCAGUGGCCUUAUUUCACCAAAAGAAUAUGAGCUAAGUGGCUGCUCCUCUAUGAAAUUGAGUACAAGAGAUGAAAUCAUAGAAUGUAGAAGCCCUACACCGCAUUCAUCUCCAGUGAUUGGAAGGAAGGUAUCCUCUGACCAAGAGGUAAGCAUGCAGGAAAAGAUGAUAAAAACUAAAGUUGUAAUGAGAAAACUUUGCUCAGAAAUACCUAAGCCAGUUCCAUCAGAGUCUCCAACCAAGAGCUGCUCAUUCAACAAAUUUAAACAAAUACCUACCGGAACUACCAUGAAGAAACGUAAAAAUGGUGCACAUGGCAGACAAGGUAAUGAAACUGACAAAACUGUCAAAGGUCAAAAAGAUGGCAGAGCAAAAGGAAAAUGCAAUGACACCUUUAAUGUGCCCAAUAAAGGAGAAAAGAAGGCUGUGGAUACCGGCAAAGAGGCGAAAAAGAAAGUCAAACCAGCAGUGGCAAAGGCAAAGGAAGAGGACGUUGAGGUCAAGCUAACUGCUCUAGAGAGGAGAAAAGCUUAUGAGGCUAAAAGAAAAGCAGAACGUGUAAAGAAAGCAGAAAGCAAGAUGAAUGUCAAAAAGCAAGCAUCCGAACCACCUCGUGGAAGGAAGAUGGAGAGCAAGACGGGUGUCAAGAAGCUCGCAUCAGAUAAGACCCAAAUGAAUAUCACUGACAACAACAAAAGAAACAUGGAAGGCAAACAAUCCAAACAACCUGGUAACAAGAUCAAAAAGGCUGCUGAUGACUGCAACUAUGAGGAUGAUUUUGAAUCUGAUGAUGAGGAAAUUCGUUUAACAGACCCCAAAGUUGUUAACAGCCAGAAAAUUGAAGCCCACUAUCAGAAAUCCGAGGAUGAAGUAGCAAUGACAUCUGCCCAAGCUGCCAACAGAAAACAAAGCGGCAGACUAAAUGGAGAUGAUCAUCAUGGUGAUUACACUAAGAAUGUUCCCCACCUUAACAUUCUGACCCCAAGAGAAGUCCAAGAUUUAUACCUGGACAUGUACUAUCAAAACAGUGGACAGAUGAGCGGCAGGGCCAACCCAAACUCAGCCAGAUCAGAUGUAGAUUUUGAGUAUCUUAACCACCAACACACUGCUGCUUUGAAGCAAAGUACUUCCAGCUACAGCCCUAUGGUUAGAAAUCCUCAGUAUGAGUACACCUGCCCCAUGGCUAGAGACAUCCGCAAAGAGCUUGGAUAUGGAACAAUGGUUCUUGAUUACAAUCAAGUCGCCAGAAGAAACGCUGGUCGGGAAGACAUUCCUUCUUAUGAAAAUGGACAAUACUUUGUAAAACCCAAUCCCAGAAAGAAAACAACAGUUGGCUAUGUUCCUGGUUAUGGAGCAGUAAAGGUACCUACAGACAGCGGGCAAGCUGAUGUGAAGAAGAGAAACCAUUAUCCUUCGUAUACUGUUUAUCAUGUAGAUGGAACUGUAUCGAAUCCUAGAAAGAAGAACGUUGCAGGCUAUGUCCCAGGGUAUGGACCUGUACGAUGUGGUCCUGUUCCCACUGUUCGGGAAGUGUCCUCCGGAAGGGUUGUGCUUCCUCCAUUACAUCCCAUGCAGAACACACGUCAGUUUCAAGGUGACAUCCGGGCGGGAAGGCAGGGUCAGGGUAAAAGGAAGACUCUCGAUGUUUUGGAAUCUCGUGCCAAAGCUAAGCCAUUCAACACAUAUGUGGAUGAAGAGGCCUCCCGAAGAUUUGAGCGACAAUUUUCAAAGCGUUAUUAGA